AUGAGACAGAUCAAUUUCGAAUUCCCAAAAAAGGUUCGUUCUAUUUGUUGUGGUAACAGUUUCUUUGCAUUACUUACUGACGAUGGAAGAGUAUAUACUUGGGGAAUAAAUAAUUAUGGUCAGUUAGGUAUUUCUACAUAUGGCAACAAUUUUAUAGACAAACCAUAUCAAGUUAAAAUUAGUAACAAAAAAAUAGUACAAAUAGCUUGUGGAUAUACACACACACUCGCACUAACUACUGAAGGAUACAUUUAUGGGUGGGGUCACAACCUUUUUGGAGAAUUAGAUUCUACUUUUCCAGAAAUCAACCCUAGUCCUAGAAGGGUUCAAGUAACAGAGAAGGAUUUAAAAAUAUUGGAUGUUGCUGCUAUGAAGAACGUGAGUUGUGCCAUAACCGAAGAAAAACAUAUUGUUUAUGUGUGGGGCAACUGUUGUGAACAAAAAAUUUGUAAACCUGCCCCCUGCGACCACACGACUUUAUUUGACAUGUGUAAUGCGCUGACUGGCAAACCACCAACUACUGUAAAAAACAACUUGUAUCGCGACCAGCGGCUUAAAUUACUGAACGAUAUUGCAAAAUCGUUUAACGAGAUUAGUCAUAGCGAUCUUGCUAUAAAAGUUACAAGAAGGUAUAUUUAUGUCCAUAAGAUAAUACUGCAAUGUCGUAAUUCAUAUUUCAAAAACAUAGACCAAUUUAUACAGCUUGAAGGAGAUAAAAAUGUCAUCAUACUUAAUCAAUUUUCCUAUGAGAUGUAUUACGCUUAUUUCAAAUAUUUAUAUACUGGCAAAAUUGAAGUAUCUACAGUGAAAGAGAAAUUUAAACUCUUCAAUUUGGCUGAGGCAUUUAGCGAUGAGCGGUUUAAGAAAAGUCUCUGUAACGCGAUAAAAGAUGACACAACGACGGAAAAUUGAUUUUCUACUUACAUUUAUACGACGCUAAAAUAUAAUGAAGAACUACAGCAAUUUUGUUUCGAUUUCUUCAAAUACAAAACGGAAAUAAUAAAGAUGAAGAGUUUUUUGGACUUAAACGAAG